CCUGGCCCUCGCCCUAACCUCCAUUCCCUGUGCAUCCUUUCUCAUCUACAAAUCUUGUUUCGUUCGAUCAACAUCGUCUUCUUCAUACAAGCUCCCACCAGGCCCUCGUCCCUACCCAGUAAUUGGGAACAUCCUUGAGCUCGGCUCUAACCCUCUCUUGUCCAUCACGAACCUCUCCAAAUCUCACGGACCCAUUAUAUCACUCAAGUUAGGCACAAGGAUCGCCAUAAUUAUCUCUUCUCAAGAAAUAGCCGGAGAAGCUUUUCACAAACACGACCUAGACUUCUCUAGUCGAACCUUCCCUGACAGUGCUCGAGCUCUCAAUCAUUACCAAGUCUCCAUAGCUUGGCCUCCUGUUUCAACUCAAUGGAGAGCCCUUAGACGAGCUUGUGUUAUGAAAAUUUUCUCAAAUCUGAAGCUAGACUCCACCUAGUUUCUACGUCAAAACAAGGUAGGAGACUUAAUCAAUCAUGUCCAUGAAUAUUCCAUUAAAGGAUUUAUUUGUGGCGGGGACUAACACAACAUCGAGCAAACUCGAAUGGACAAUGGCAGAAUUAAUACGAAACCCAAAGAAAAUGGUGAAUGUAAGAACAAAACUCCAACAUGUUCUUGGUAAUAAAAAUAAUACUUUCAAUCUUGAAGAGACUAUGAGCUCAAAGUUGCCUUACCUACAAGCAAUACAAAAAGAGACUUUACACGUACACCCACCAGUACCAUUUCUACUACCUUGCAAGGCAAUUUGUGAUGUAGAGUUAUGUGGCUUCUUAGUUUCCAAAAACGCACAGAUUUUAGUAAAUGUGUGGGCUAUGGAAAGAGACCCAACCAUAUGGGAUAAACCUAAUUCAUUUAUCCCUAAAAGGUUUUUGGAAAGUGAGAUUGAUUUUAAGGCUAAUGAUUUUAAGUUUAUUCCAUUUGGUGCUGGGAGGAGGAUGUGUCCUGGGUUGCCCUUGGCUUCUAGGGUACUUCCCUUUAUGUUGGCAUCUCUUAUAUAUCACUUUGAUUGGAAGGUUCCAUAUGGGAUAAAGCCAGAGGAUAUGGAUAUGAGUCAAAACUACGGGAUUUUAUUGCAUAAGGCUCAACCUCUGAGAGCUGUUCCUGUCAAAAUUUUGGUAAUUAUGAAUUUGUUAAUUUCAUUCAUGAUGAAGAAUUAAGUGUUGGUAAAAGCAUGUGAUACUCGAUUAAAUAAAUAAUAACUUGUGUUGCUUGCCUCGGGCUCGUCAUGUAGUUUUCACUUCAAUAGUCUACAACUCUAUAAUCUCAAUAAAUACAUUUAGAAAUAUUUUGGGUCAUUGUAAAAGGGUUCCCAACUAGAAACAACUCAUACGUUAAACUAUAACACCAUGUACUUAAACAUUAAUUAUGCCGAUUUAAUUAUCAAGACCUCUUUCAUCAAGUUUGCCAUAAAUUUCUAAUUUUAUCAAAUUCUGCAAACCUAGAAAACUUCAUCGCAUAAUACAAACCCAGAAACCCUAAACCUAAAAUCUUCUACACCCAAAAGCUUCAUUGUGUUCUUCAUGUACUUCAACCCAGAAAUUAUCUCUCACGUGAAGUGUCUUUUAUUUUGGCCUUGCUUCUUCUUAUUCUUCUUCAAUUCAUGGAUGCUUCGUUUCUCUGAGCUUCAAUCUCUUGCAUUUGUGCCUCAAGAAUAGUGUCCGU